AAUCAGGGCUCGGCCACGCUCAACAUGGCCGCGCCCGGCGACCUGCGCGCGCAGGGGUCAAAGGGCUACGGCCCGGGUGGCGGGAAACGCGAGCCCUAGGAAGAGAAAAACAGAGAGAGACUGAGGAAGAGCGCCAUGGAGCACAAGCGCCGCCCGGCCCCGAGCACGGGGCCGCCUGGAGCCAAGCGUCCCCGUGGGGGCGGCGGGGCCUGGGCCGAGGACGACGACGGGCUCGGGCCCCAGUCCCAGUUCGAGGAGGAGUUGGCCCUGAUGGAGGAGAUGGAGGCCGAGCGGAGGCUGCAGGAGCAGGAGGAGGAGGAGCUGCAGCUGCCCUCCGAGGGGCCGGAGGGGCAGCUCCCUCCGUCUUCCCGGGAUGCUCGCUGGCUCCGGCCUGCCCCGCCGGCCCUGGACCCGAAGACGCAGGCCCUCGUGUUUCAGCAGCUUGAGAUCGACCAUUAUGUGGGCUCCCCAUUGUCGCCGCCGCUCCCAGGGGCCCCCUCUCCAGCCCCGGGCUCGGCCCCCGAGUCGGUCCCCAUCCUCCGGGCCUUUGGGGUCACGGACACCGGAGUCUCCGUCUGCUGCCACAUCCACGGCUUUGCCCCCUAUUUCUACGUUCCCGCGCCCACCGGUUUUGGCCCCGAGCACCUGGGCGACCUGCAGCGAGAGUUGAACUCUGCUGUGAGCCGAGAGCAGCGCGGGGGCAAGGAGCUGAAGGGGCCCGCUGUGCUGGGGGUAGAGCUCUGCACCCGCGAGAGCAUGUACGGCUACAUGGGUCGGGGCCCCUCGCCCUUUGUGCGGGUCACCCUGGCCCUGCCUCGCCUCGUGGCCCCCGCCCGGCGCCUGCUGGAGAACGGCAUCCGCCUGCCCGGCCUCGGCUCCCCCAGCUUCCCGCCCUACGAAGCCAAUGUGGACUUCGAGAUCCGGUUCAUGGUGGACACGGACAUAGUCGGAUGCAAUUGGAUCGAGCUCCCGGUGGAAAAGUACCGGCUGAGGACAGAGGGGAAGGCCACCCUGUGUCAGCUGGAGGCGGACGUGCUGUGGUCAGACGUGGUCAGUCACCCCCCGGAGGGGCCGUGGCAGCAGAUCGCGCCCCUUAGGGUGCUGAGCUUCGACAUCGAGUGUGCCGGCAGAAAAGGCAUCUUCCCGGAGCCGGAGCGGGACCCCGUGAUCCAGAUCUGUUCUGUGGGCCUGCGCUGGGGGGAGCCUGAGCCCUUCCUGCGCCUCGCCCUGACCCUGCGCCCCUGUGCCCCCAUUCUGGGCGCUCAGGUCCUCAGCUUCGAGCGCGAAGAAGAUCUGCUUCAGGCCUGGGCCUCCUUCGUGCGCACCAUGGACCCCGAUGUCAUCACCGGCUACAACAUCCAGAACUUCGACCUGCCUUAUCUCAUCUCUAGGGCGCAGACGCUCAAGGUCCCAUCCUUCCCGUUCUUGGGCCGGAUCUCCGGCCUCCGCUCCCAGAUCCGUGACUCGUCCUUCCAGUCCAAGCAGACUGGCCGGAGGGACAGCAAGGUGGUCAGCAUGGCGGGCCGGGUGCCGAUGGACAUGCUGCAGGUCUUACUUCGAGAGCACAAGCUGCGCUCCUACACCCUCAAUGCUGUCAGCUUCCACUUCUUGGGGGAGCAGAAAGAGGACGUGCAACACAGCAUCAUCACGGACCUGCAGAAUGGGAAUGACCAGUCCCGCCGGCGCCUGGCUGUGUACUGCCUGAAGGACGCCUUUCUGCCCCUUCGGCUUCUCGAGCACCUCAUGGUCCUGGUCAACGCUGUGGAGAUGGCCAGAGUCACAGGCGUCCCUCUCGGCUACCUGCUCACCCGGGGCCAGCAGGUCAAGGUCGUAUCUCAGCUCCUCCGGCAGGCGGUACGUGAGGGGCUGGUGAUGCCAGUGGUGAAGACUGAGGGGGGUGAGGAUUUCACAGGAGCCACGGUGAUUGAACCCCUGAAAGGAUAUUAUGAUGUCCCCAUCGCCACCCUGGACUUCUCCUCCCUGUACCCAUCCAUCAUGAUGGCCCACAACCUGUGCUACACAACGCUGCUAAGGCCGGGGGCCGCCCAGAAGCUGGGCCUGACCUCCGACGAGUUCAUAAAGACCCCGACGGGGAAUGAGUUUGUGAAGGCCUCUGUGAGGAAAGGGCUUCUGCCCCAAAUCUUGGAGAACCUGCUCACUGCCCGGAAGAGGGCCAAGGCAGAGCUGGCCAGAGAGACGGAUCCCCUGCGGCGGCAAGUCCUGGAUGGCCGUCAGUUAGCACUGAAGAUCAGCGCCAACUCUGUCUAUGGCUUCACUGGGGCGCAGGUUGGGAAGCUGCCCUGUGUGGAGAUCUCUCAGAGCGUCACUGGCUUUGGGCGACAGAUGAUCGAGAAGACCAAGCAGCUGGUGGAGUCCAAGUACACCGUGGAUAACGGGUACAGUGCUGAUGCCAAGGUGGUGUACGGAGACACAGACUCCGUGAUGUGCCGUUUCGGGGUCCCCUCGGUGGCGGAGGCGAUGGCGCUGGGCCGAGAGGCUGCAGACUGGGUGUCCAGUCACUUCAUCUCGCCCAUACGACUGGAGUUCGAGAAGGUCUACUUCCCAUACCUGCUUAUCAGCAAGAAGCGAUAUGCCGGCCUCCUUUUUUCCUCGCGGUCAGACUCACACGACAAGAUGGAUUGUAAGGGCCUGGAAGCCGUCCGCCGGGACAACUGCCCUCUGGUGGCCAACCUGGUCACGUCUUCACUGCGGCGCCUUCUCAUUGACCGGGACCCCUCUGGCGCUGUGGCCCAUGCCCAGGACGUCAUCUCGGACCUCCUCUGCAACCGGAUCGACAUCUCCCAGCUGGUCAUCACCAAGGAGCUGACGAGGGCCGCCGCUGACUAUGCGGGGAAACAGGCCCACGUCGAGCUGGCUGAGAGGAUGAGGAAACGGGACCCCGGCAGUGCCCCCAGCCUGGGGGACCGAGUGCCCUAUGUCAUAAUCAGCGCCGCCAAGGGCGUUGCAGCCUACAUGAAGUCAGAGGACCCUCUAUUCGUGCUGGAGCACAGCCUGCCCAUCGACACACAGUACUACCUGGAGCAGCAGCUGGCGAAGCCCCUGCUGAGGAUCUUUGAACCCAUCCUGGGCGAGGGCCGGGCUGAGGCUGUGCUGCUGCGCGGUGAGCACACUCGAUGUAAGACAGUGCUGACGGCCAAGGUCGGGGGGCUCCUCGCCUUCGCCACACGCAGGAGCAGCUGUAUUGGUUGCCGGGCUGUCCUCAGCCAUCAUGGAGCUGUGUGCAAAUUCUGCCUUCCCCGGGAGUCUGAGCUGUACCAGAAAGAGGUGGCGCACCUAGGUGCCCUCGAAGAGCGCUUCUCCCGCCUUUGGACACAGUGCCAGCGCUGCCAGGGCAGUCUGCAUGAGGAUGUGCUCUGUACCAGCCGAGACUGUCCCAUCUUCUACAUGCGCAAGAAAGUGCAAAAGGACCUGGAUGACCAGGAACAGCUCCUGGCUCGAUUUGGGCCCCCGGGCCCCACUACCUGGUGACUGUGGAUGUGGGUUUGGACGUUGGCAUCAAUAAAGUUUGGGGCUUCGGGUU